CUUGCUCGACCAAUCGUCAGUAUUUGACUUGAACCGAAAAGCAAAUCAAAGUGCCGAGCAAUCCAAGUUACUAGUGCGAAACAAAAAAAAAAACAACUUUCAAAGUCAAAUUUCCUAGUGCAAGACAGAAAUCCAAACCAACAUGUCCGAGGCUCAUUUCGACGAGUACGAACACUACAAUUUCGAAUAUGACAAGCACAUCUUCAGCGGCCACAGCGGCAAGCAACGCAGUAAAAAGGAGGUAGAGACUCGCACCAACCAUUUUGACCCCAGCGGACAUUCCAGAAAGAUUUUAACGAAGCUGAUGAACACCGAACAGAACAAGAAGAAGGCCUCGUAGAACCAAACGGGACCGAUUCCAGUGAGUGCGAACGCAUUUACGUUUUAUUUAUUGAGAAAAAAAAAGACGUUUCCUACGGCGUGUCUAACGGACUGUGAUUUAUUUUUUACGGAAUAAUAUUUGUUAUUUUAACUUUAUGUUCACCUCGCUCCCAAGGCCGAUUUCCAUACACGAUGCAAUAACUUUUUAAAAAUAAAUCGAAGGCCGCACAAAUAAAGCAUAAGAUAGUUAUUUACGUCUUUUGUAUUAUUUUAUUUGUAAGUAAUGUUGGUGUUCUGAGGUUAUUUUCUGUGCUCUGUGUUAUUAAUUACUAAGUUGAAUGUCUGCAGAUUAUAUCUGUGAUGAUAAUAUGAUCGAAUUAAUAAAAUUAUUAUAUUUAAUA